AUGGAUAAGGUAACGUCAAAACGAAUUAAAAACAAUGUGUUAACAAUAGAAAAAAGUAAUGACGGUGAAAAGAAAAUUUUAAACAAAAGAGUAAACAUGAAUAAAAAAAAAAAUAUAUUUAUGAAUGAUGAUUCGAAGAAUGUUGACAUUAAUAAAAAGAAUCUAAAAAAAGUAAAAAAUGAAAAAAUUUCAAAAAAUACAAAAGAUAAAUUGGAAUCCACGUAUUUAAUAAAUACAAGAAGUAGAGAUAAUGGGAAAAAAAAAACAAUAUAUAAAGGGUUAGAAAAAGAAAAAAAAAGUUCAUCUAAUGCGGAAAGAAUAUGUUCUAUUAAAGCAAAUAACAUAAAUAUUAAUGAUGAUGGGGAAAAGUAUAUAAACGAUAGUAAAAAUGAUAAUAUGAAGAAAUCAAAUUAUACAAUUUUGAACUAUUUUAAAAGUAGUAAUGUUACUGAUAAGUGUAAUAAUAAAAUAUCUGCCGAUGAUAAUACAUUAGCAUGUACUGAUGAUAUAGUACGCAAUAGAAAGAGGAGUGCUACUACGUAUAGUAAAAACGAGGCUAAUCAUGUAUCUACCAAGAAUAUUUAUCUAAAUAUGAAAAGUAAUAUAGAGCAUAACUUGAUGAAUUAUAAAAGGUCCAAAUUAGAUAAAAUACACGGGGAAAGUUUUAGUGCAGAUUCAUCUAAGUCGAACACCUUGCCAAAUAAUGAGCGCACAUUGGGCAUGGAGAGCCGUAACAACCAUGAUACGAAUAGUGACAACAACAGUAUUAAAAUUAGUGCCAACAAGAGGAACAACGUCAACAUAAGCAAAAGCAGCAGCAGAAAUAGCAACAGCAACAAUAACAUUGACGGUAGUUUAAACAACAAAAACAACAAGGACAACCAUAUGAACAAGGACAACCAUAUAAACAAGGACAACCAUAUAAACAAGGACAACCAUAUGAACAAGGACAACCAUAUAAACAAGGACAACCAUAUAAACAAGGACAACCAUAUGAACAAGGACAACCAUAUAAACAAGGACAACCAUAUAAACAAGGACAACCAUAUGAACAAGGACAACCAUAUAAACAAGGACAACCAUAUAAACAAGGACAACCAUAUAAACAAGGACAACCAUAUGAACAAGGACAACCAUAUGAACAAGGACAACCAUAUAAACAAGGACAACCAUAAUGACAGUUUGCGCGCGAACGGGGCGGAGUGUAUCACUAAUAAAGCUAUCCCGCAGAAGGGUAUUACCCUGCGGAACAGCACAAACGGGAUGAAAAGAAAAAUGACGAAUGGAAGCAUAGUUGACAUACUUAACAGCUUACGAAAUAACUCGUACACGGCUAACACAUACAUGGCCAACACGUACACGUCCAACUUGGACAAAAAUUGUGGUACAUCGUGUACAUUGUUAAGCAAAUAUUUGCUUUGCAGUUAUCAGGAAAAUCCAACUGAGCAUGAUACAGGUGCAAGUAUUAGUAACAUACAAGAUGGUGUUUCCCACGCUGAUGAUACCUCCCAUGCUGGUAACGCAUCCCAAGCCGACACUGAUAUGACGAACAUUCAUAUGAGCAAGUUCAACUUAUACAACAGCAACAUUGAGGAUGCACAUAGUAACAAUUUGAAUAGAAACACAUUUGGAAUGAGUACAAAUAAUUUAGGAGUAAUAAAAGAGGGAAAAAACGAAGUGAAUCAUAUUUACAAUUAUAAAGAGCGAAAUAAGGAGUAUCUAAACUCAAUAAAUUUAUCUUUUAGUAAAGAAAAAGAAGAGAAUGAUAAUGAUAUCAAUAAUGAUAAUAAUUGUAAUAGUAAUAGUAAUAGUAAUAGUAAUAGUAAUAGUAAUAAUAAUAAUAAUAAUAAUAAUAAUAAUAAUAAUAAUAAUAAUAAUAAUAAUAAUAAUAAUAAUAAUAAUAAUAAUAAUAGUAAUAAUAGUAAUAAUAGUAGUAAUAGUAAUGGCAAUAGUAAUAGUAAUGGCAAUAGUAAUAGUAAAGGCAACAGUAAUAGUAAAAAUAUACUUAUGCGAUCUCUUCCCAAUAGAAAUACAGUGAGAAACACAAAAUUUGACGAAGAUUUAUUUUCGAGAAAUUUGAUGCAUUUUGAAGAUUUUUGCUCAUACAAAUUAAAAAAAAAUAUCAAUAAUAAUAUUAUUAACAAUAUAUGUAAUAUGUAUGAGGAUAGAGGAAAUUUGGAUAUUUUUAUUAAUAGGAAAAGACGAGAAGGUUUAUAUAAAUCAAAGGAAGAUUAUACACAAUCGAAUUUAAGUAAUUCUUUCUUUCCAUCAUUAAAUGAUGAUCAUUUUGAAGGAGAGAAAUUAUUUAAGAGACCUAGAACAAAAUUAUAUAAUAGUUCACAAAUGGGUAGAAACAAAUACCAGGAUAUGUUAAAAUGUAAGAACAAAGAACAGGAUGAUACUUUAUCUAAUAUACUUCUAAAUCAUCAAGAUUUAUUAAUAAAUAAAAGAGAAAAAAUAAUUAUAAAUAAAGAGGAAAAUAGAGAGGAAAAUAAAAAAGAUAUAAUGAAAAAAUAUGUAAAAGAUUUCUGGAUACAUAGUAAAAAAGAAUUUUUUAAUAAAUAUUGGAGCUCCUCGCUACAUUUACAAUAUAAUGAAGUAGAAAAAUUAAAAGAAUUGGUUCACUUUGAAAGGAGUGAGAAUUAUACAGUAGAUGAUAUGUUUAGUAAUGAAGAAAUGAUAACUGAUGAGGAAAUUUUAUUAAAAGAUUAUGUAACAGAUGAAAAAUUAAAAAAUUUUAGUCUAGAUUUAAUGGACGGAUUUCUAUAUGAUAAACAAUCACUAUACGAAAAAGAAAUGAUUGAAAACGAAAAAAUUUUAUCUCGUAUAUCAUUUAAUCAUAAAAAUUCAGACAUUAAUGUAGACAAGUUAUUAAAUCUGUUUCCUAGAGAUUUUAUGAAAAAAUAUAAAAUUGUAAAAAAGUUAGGAGAAGGUGUAUAUGGAAAAGUAUUUAAGGCUGAAUCUUUAGAAGACUCAUAUUUACAUUUUGCAGUAAAAGUGCUUCGAUAUUUUUGGCCUAAUUUUAAGUAUAAAUUCGGAUCAGAAGAAUUUGCUAUUAACGAAUUUAACAUUAUGCGCAUUUUGUUUCAUCCUAAUGUUGUAUGCUUGUUAGAUAGCUUUAGAGUACAUACUUAUAGAAAAGGAAAAGUAAAAACUCAUCGAGGACAAAAGACAAGAACGGAAAAUAUGUCGGCAGAGUAUGAUUUUAGCUUCCAGAGGCAUCGAAAAACAGAGAAGAAUCAAUUUUCUCCUUCUAAGGAUACUAUAGAAAGAAACAAUAGGUACAAGAGUUUAGUGUCUAAGGGGUGCAUAACUAUUGAGGACUUAGAAAAGGAUCUUGUAAUGCAUAGCUCGAAUGCAGCAGGGGGAGAAGAUGGAACCAAACUGAUUUAUCCUUCGAUUCUCAGCAAAAAUACAAGAGGUGUGAAGAAGAACAAUGGUAGUAUCGGCAGUAGUAAAGGACGAAGUAACAAUAGCAAUAGCGGAAACAACAACUGCAGUAACAAUACCACUCAGAGUAGCAGUGCGAGCGGAAACCGCCUCAACAGCUGCUACGCCUCGUCUAUCAUUAGGAAAAAGGACUUGACUAAAGAACGAAGCACUCCAAAGAGUGGAAACGCACGCCGCGAUGAUCUGAGUGAUGUACUAGGCUCAACCUAUCAUGUAAAAAAAAAAAUGAAAAUUGGCAGUUAUAAGUGCAGUGCUCAGAAGAACCAACUAAAUAAGGGAAAGAAUCUUAGUAUGGAUAAACUAAAAUUUAGAAAACAUUCUAGAAAAUUAAAAAAAAUUGAAAGUAAAAAUAAUGAUUAUAUUGAAAAUUGGGACUUAUUUUUAGUAAUAGAAAAAUGCGAUUGUAGUUUAAAUGAUAUUUUAAAUAAAGCCAAAAAAAAAUAUUGUUCUUUUAUCCAACAUAUUAAACAGUGUACAGCACAAUAUUUACCGAGUGAAAGAAUAGAUAUGUCAUAUGAUCAUAUAUAUAAUUAUGUAAAAUAUGUUUAUUUGCCUUUAAAAAAAAUAGAAAAUCGCUGGUUCUAUCCUGAUAUGCCUUCUCUAAGUGAAAUACAAACAAAGGUUAUUAUAUAUCAAAUGUUACAAGGGAUAAAUCAUUUUCAUAAAAAAUUUAUCAUACAUAGAGAUAUAAAGCCAGCUAAUACACUUAUCAAAAAUAUACAUUAUUUAUCAGAUGGGUUAAAUGAUUCAAAGGAAUGGAUAGUAAAAAUUGCCGACUUCGGAUUAGGAGUAUAUGAUCAUUUUUUAAAAGCAGAAACCAAAGAUUGUAAUAUUAUUACUUUACAAUAUAGACCUCCAGAAAUAUUAUGUAACAGUUCUCUUUAUAACUAUUCAGUUGAUAUAUGGUCUAUCGGAAUAACCAUGUGUGAAUGUUUAUUAGGUUUUGUUCCUGUAACAUCUAAAUUUGAAUCCUCUGUAUUAUUCAAAAUUUUAGUUUUCAGGGGUAUACCUGAUGAAGAUUUUGAUAAUUUAUUAAAAAAAGAAUUUAUUGGAGAAUUACCAAAAUUUAAAGUUGAUAGACUUAGAAUGUUACAAAUAAUUUUUACUGAUAUUUAUGGACGAAAAAUUCUAAGUGAUAAUGGUAUUGAUUUAAUUGACAAAUUUUUGAGUUAUGAUUAUAAAAACAGAAUCACAGCUAAUGAUGCUUUGAAGCAUCCAUGGUUUGAAGAUGUUCAUUUGUACUUGAACGAUGAUUUGUUGAAAUAUUACAAGCGAAAUGGUACCUAUUACUUUUAG